UCCUGUGGAAGGCGGGUUGUAAUGGCAUGAACCAAUUGUUUGGAUAUGGACUGAGUUACAAAACAAAGAGGAAAGAGAAAAAAAAAGAAAACAAAAAAACAGGCACAGAUCACAGGCUAAGUAGCUGAUGCUUGCCGACUGUUGAAGGUGAAGGGGUUUGUUUGGUGCUCGAGAUGCAGAUGGAGGGUGGAAGAAGAAAGAAAGAGAGAGAAAAGGUAGAGAGAAAUUAGUGGGAGGGAGGAGAGAGAGAGGAUCCAGCCCCCUGGGACAGCAGUGCCUGCUUUGGGGGUGGACAGAAAAGCUUUGUAUGCAGAACAUCACUGGACACAAACGGCAGGGAGGCUGUCAGUUGUUCUGUGUAUGUGUAGUGAAACCAGACCUACCUCUGAUCCCUGCGCCUCACACGCUCCCCCAUCUGCUGCCCGGGAUCCUUGCUUGGGACUGAACCCCCUCUGAACAUCUCUGUCUUUGUGCCAACAUCUCCAGAAGAUAACUCCUGUUUCUUCCUUGGAGGUCAGGAGCAACAGACUGUGAUGUGGAACUUGUGGGAUUAAACUUUCUGGAGGAGUGUCACUGAGAGGAAUGGAGAGGAGCCAAGAUGCAGGGAGUCCGACUCUGAUUCAUGACUGAUUGACCGCAGUAUCUCAGAGGAGGGAUUAUAAACUCCACUAAAUCCAGCCGGCACCCUGGGUUCCAUUACAUCUACCGGAAUUCUGUGUCUCGCCGUUGUGCGUGACUUCGAGUAGGUACCUGAACGUGUGGCAUGUGAGCGGCCCAUGUGGGGCAUGAGUGAUGCAGAUCUGAGAGAACUCCAUGCCCCGAUGCCCGCUGCUAUGCUACCAUGUCCGAGGCCAGCCGGGUCCAGCUGGAGCUUCCAGAACCCGGUGGGGGUGGACUGUAGCUCCCCCGAACCUCGCUGUAUCUGGCUGGCAGUUCUCCGUGGCACCACAGGACCAGUGCCUCCACCUUCAACUCCUCCCCCAGCCAUCAGCAACCAGUUUUCACUCCAGCUGAGGGGUAAGGGGUGGCGGGAUGGUCUCUCUUCUGCCAGUGACAACCCUCGGCCGCCGAUGGCGUCCAGGCCGAGAAGAGAGGGCAUCGGUGUGGACUGGAAGGGUCCGCGGACGCUGGUUCUCUGCAAGAACUCCCAGGGCUUUGGUUUUACGCUGCGCCACUUCAUCGUUUACCCUCCAGAGUCUGCCGUGCACACCACCCUCAAGGAUGUGGAAAAUGGCAAUGUAAAGGAGUUUCAGAAAGAUCGACUGGAACCGAUGGACACGAUAUUUGUGAAGAAUGUGAGAGAAAAGGGCCCAGCUCACCAGGCAGGCUUGUGCACAGGGGAUCGACUGGUGAAAGUGAACGGAGAGAGUAUUCUUGGAAAAACGUACUCGCAAGUGAUUGCCCUCAUUCAGAACACUGAGAGCAUGUUGGAGCUCUCCAUCAUGCCAAAAGAUGAAGAUGUUUUACAGCUGGCAUACUGCGAGGAUGCCUACCUGAGCGGCAACCAACCUUAUUCAGGGGCAGCUGAGAACCUCCCACCACCACCUCCCCUCUGCUAUCCACGCACCAAGGCGCAACCCCCUGCCGGAACCCCGACGUCUGCUUCCAUGGGCCAGAACCAGCUGGAUAACUGGAGUCGCUGGCCAGGAUCACCCAGUCCUUCUUCACCUCUGGAUAACCGUUCUACCGUGGUUAACCCUGCAAGCUGGCAGGAGUGUCGAGCAGGAGAACCAGGAGGUGUAGGUCACAGUAGUCCCGCCCACCGCACAGAGGAGAUCCAGUACGGUAUGACCAGCCAGCAGCCUCAGGGCCAGACCAGGGGUCGUUCCUACUCUUCUUCCUCCUCUUCAGGAGGUCCUUUAUCCAGCCCGCUGCAAGUCCACUACCCCAACCACCACACAGGCAGCUCAGCGCAAAGCCAGCCAUGCAAGUCUAACCUGGCGUGGACCAGCCCUCCCCUGCCCCAGCUUAGCCAAAGUAGCAGUGAGCGCUGCCAGCAGGCCCUCUCUGAUUGGUACUACAGCCAACAACCUGAGCGCUCAGGACGUAGCAUGCAGACACGCCACCGCAGCUAUUCCCAGGACCGGCUGAGUGAAACGAGGAGGCAGCGUCAGCGAACAGGUUGUUGGCCACAAAGCGCCUCCCAGGACACACUUUUGAUAUUACAGCAGUCAGGACCUGGGCCACACGGAGACCCCUUCUGGUCCUAUGGAGACUGGGAGGGGGACUCUGGCAGGGGCUACCAUGCUUCAAACUAUACCCGUACACGCUCUGAAAACCUCCUGGCCCAUUACGACCGUCAUGGCCGUUCGUUAGAGAUGCUGGACCGGGCAGCAGCGGGAGUGGUCUUGCCUCAUUCGGAGAGGCCUUCCCGGCAUCAACAGGCUCCAAAGCCACCACCCAGGACUGAUGCCUACCCGAGACAGUCGAGCCAUUUCAGUGCAACACAAGCGCAGCCAGCAUCCCACCAAACACAGUCACAUCCAAAACACAGACCCCAAGCCCACACACAGCGUCCGUCCCCUCCUCAAACACAACAUGCAGCUCCGCAGACCAGGCGGCUGCCCCUGGGUCAGAGCACGGAUGACGAGCCUGUGGGUUACCGCAGUUACAGCCCCUCUUUUUACCGCAAGACAGGUCGCAUCAUGCAGCAAGCUCACUCUUUUAGGGACCCUUCAUACUCAGGCCCUCACCUAAACUGGAACCCAACUCCGAAAACCAGUCCCCCAGAGGACACCCCUGCACCUGUUACCGUCUCUACUGCAGCCCCCCUUGCCUCCGUCACACCUGACUCUCGGGACAGAGCAUACAGGCCAACAAACCAUGACAGGGAAAGGGGGUCACUGGAAGGGCAGGCGGAGGUGGCGGCACAGACGCAGGAAGUGGUUCUGCGGCAGAAACCCCCAACAGGACGGAGGAACAUCCACGGCAUGCGUGGCCACUAUGCCCUGCCCAUAGAUGCUCUGGACCCCUUGUUAUUUUCACCAGAUUCCCAGGACUCAACCACAGACCUUUGUUCCAUAGGAGAUGGAACCCCCCGAAAACCAAAUGGCAAUAUCGCUCCCAUUUCCACAGAGGACGACUCUCUUGCCUCCAUACCCUUCAUAGAUGAGCCGACCAGCCCCAGCGCUGACUUGUGUGCCCGCCAUGUACCGGCAUCCUCCGUGGUGUCCAGCGGCAUGAGUUCUGCGCCCGCCGUGGUCACCAGCCCUGUCUCCCCCACCUUCACCUUUCCCCUCACUAGGCUCUUCUCACAAGACUGCAGCAAUAUUAAAUCCAGUCGCCGUUCCUCCUAUGUUCUAGCCAUCACCACGGAGCGCUCCAAGUCGUGUGACGAGGGACUCAACUCGUUUCGAGAGGAAGGACGCGUCUUCUCGCGGCUGCCAAAGAGAGUGAAGAGUUUCUUCACAGACGGGUCGCUGGACAACCUCGAAAAAGCAGAGGAGGUUCGAUCUAAACGCCACUCAACAUCAGAGCUGGGAAACAUCACUUACAGCGACGUACGGCGGGAAGGAUGGCUGCACUUCAAACAAACGCUCACAGAAAAGGGAAAGAAGGUGGGCAGCGGCAUGCGCCCGUGGAAGAGAGUUUUUUCAGUGCUUCGCUCCCAUUCGCUAUUCCUUUAUAAGGACAAGAGGGAGGCGGUGCUUCGCGGGGCCACUGUCGGAGGCGGGGCUGAGGAUGAACAGCCAAUCAGUAUCCGCGGCUGCCUGGUGGACAUUGCGUACAGUGAAACCAAACGUAAGCACGCCUUGCGGCUGACCACGCAAGACUUCUGUGAGUACCUGCUGCAGGCGGAGGACAGAGAGGACAUGCUGGAGUGGAUACAGGUCAUCAGGGAGAGCAGCAAGACAGACAGCGAGGAACUCGGCUUUUCCAGACAGGCGCUGAUCAAUAAGAAACUGAAUGAUUACAGAAAAUACAGUCCGACUGGCGGUAGUAAGCCUGACUCCUCUCCUAAACUGCCCCGCAUGAAGCCUCCGUUCCUGAUGGCGAAGACAGAGAAUGCCACUGGGGCGCCACGCUCCCCCAAACCUGAGGGCAAAGAUGAGAGCAGCCCACCAAAGUCUCCAUGGGGCAUCAACAUCAUGAAGAAGUCAAAGAAGGCUGGACCGAAGGCUUUUGGUGUGCGGUUGGAGGAGUGUCAGCCGGGCAUCAACAACAAGUUCAUUCCAAUAAUCGUGGAGAUUUGCUGCGGUCUGGUGGAGGACAUGGGUCUGGAAUACACUGGAAUCUACCGUGUACCAGGGAACAACGCCAUGGUGUCCACGCUUCAGGACCAACUCAACAAGGGAGUCGACAUCAACCCAGCAGAGGAGAAGUGGCAGGACCUCAAUGUUGUCAGCAGCUUGCUCAAAUCCUUCUUCCGCAAACUCCCAGAGCCACUUUUCACCAACGACAAGUAUAAUGACUUCAUUGAUGCCAACCGGCUCGAAAAUCCAUCAGACAGGCUGAGGACCAUGAAGAAACUGAUACGAGACCUCCCAGAUCACUAUUACCAUACCCUGAAGUUUCUCAUUGGCCAUCUAAAAACUGUAGCCGACCACUCAGAUAAAAACAAGAUGGAGCCUCGAAACCUGGCGCUGGUAUUUGGGCCGACUCUGGUCCGGACAUCUGAAGACAACAUGAAAGACAUGGUCACACACAUGCCUGACCGCUACAAGAUCAUAGAGACGCUCAUCCAACAUCAUGCCUGGUUCUUCAAUGAAGAGGUCGACAAGGAUGAAAAGACGCCAGUGGACACAGAGGACGUACAGCCAGCCCCCAACAUCGACCACCUGCUGUCCAACAUUGGCAGAACCGUGCUGCUCGGAGAGGCGUCAGAUUCAACCAACAGUGAUUCGGCUAAAUCAAAGGGGUCUUGGGGAUCAAAGAAAGACCUGACGGCUAAGGACUUCCUGGCUCUGUCCAUCAUGUCAGCUGUUACAGGGCGAAAACGCAGGAAGCGUCACAACAUUCGUGUAAUGGGCAGCAGCACCGACGACGACUCUGUGCACAAGCCGUCACAAACCGGGCAUUUAGGGGGAGAGGAAGAAGACGAUGAUGACGCAGAGCUGCCAGUUGGAGACACUGCUCCUCGAGCCGAGGGAGAAGAGGAUGAUGACGAAGAAGAGGAAGAGGAGGUGGAGGAAGAUGAGGAAGUUGUAGAAAACAGAAUCCAGGUUAAAAAGGAGAUACAUGAAGAGGCCUCAGUUAAUUCUCGUCAGCUGUGCUGGAAAGAGGAAGAGAAAGUGGAAGGAAGUCCGGCUGCCACGCUGCUUCACGCGGAGGAGGCGCAAGCGGAGACGAAGGGGCCGACUUGGCGAGCACCAGAAGACGCACGCUCUAUUGUCUCUGGUUACUCCACCCUGUCCACAUUGGGGCGGAGCCUGGGGUCAGAGGGGAGGGGAGACGAUGCUGAUGAUGAACACAGCGAGCUCGUGAGCGAGACGGACAACGAGAGCGGCUUCGCCUCACGCUCCCUCACUCAGGAGAGGCCCGAUAAACAUCCACAAGCCGCGGUGAACACACAGCCGGCAGCAGCGCAGCACAGCUUCCUCUACACGCACUACAAACCCCCUGUCCUCGCACCCACAAACCUCCUCGCUCCACCCACACAUCUCACACACAUACAGGAUGCUGCGGAGAGGAGCGACGGAGGUGCCCGGUCCACCACACCCUCAUCAUCCUCCUUUUCCUCUUCUUCUACCACUCACAAGCUCCACCUGCGGCCUUCCUUCAACUCCCACAAACUGAUCCAGUGUGACACGCUCGCCCGGAAGAAGCUGAAGAGGGACAAGGCCAAGGCUCGCUCCCUGGACUUGUUGGAGCUGCCGGGGACGGCACCUCUGGAUGUGGAGGCUCGGCCUGGGUCACAGUGUGCAGCCAGAGAGAGGAGGGACACCUCCAGGACUAACCCUUCCUCAGGCAGCAGCCAGGAGAGCCUGCACCUGACCCGGCCCAGUCCAGCUCAGGCACCCAGCGAAGCCACUUCCUUCACCCCGACUGGACCUGGUAGCAAGUUGCUGGCAGAGCAAGUUCGUGCACAUUUUCUGGGCUCGGCUGAUGACCUGUAUAAUGUCGGACUGAGAAAGCCUCUGUCGCCUGAAACAAGGAGGAGGAGACGGGCAUGGCGAAGACACACCGUGGUGGCCUCCCCAACAGAGGCAUCCAACAAGAGACUCCCACUGAAUGUCAACAUGUUUCCUCUGAACCAGGUCAAAACACCAGUGUUGCCUCAUGACCCAGAAGGACUUGAUUUAGGACCAGCUGCACGUCAAGCACCCACCUCCAGAUUCCACCAGUACCUGUGAUGUCAGUUCAGCAGCACCCCCCCCCCCCCCCCCCCCCAAGGAGAAGAUGGUACUGAUUCUGAAUGGAGUCCAGAGCUGCUGACCCCCUGCAGGUCAGUGGAUGGCACCGAGGUUGCACGAGGUUGUGGUUCAUGGUCACUGGCAGCACAGAAGACCGACCAAUCAGCAGGUCUUUGAGAGUGGUCCAACCAACGCCCACUCACCCCCCCCUUUAUUUUUUUUAAAUAAGCUCCACUUGCAUGGCAAGGAGCGCUCCAGUGUUGCCAAAGCUUUUUUCUUAUUUGUGUGAUUUUAUAGUGUUUAUCCAGAACCGGGACAGGGACACAGACGGACCUCGUCAGUCUAUGACACAACCACAAAUAGUGAGUUCAGUAAUAAGUUUGACAAAUGCAGCCUUCCUCUGGUUCUUUACAGAACGGUGCUUCUUAGCAAAGUAGGGUUUACCAGUUACUAUUACGUUUUAAAAUACACCGAAACUACUUCAGUGGUCCAAGACAGAGACUGUAGACAGGAAGACCCACUCAUAAAAAAACCACUGUGACUAACUGUUUAACCAAACCUUAGCCUGGAAGCUAACCAUACUUCAGCAUAAUAUGUGACGAACCAGGGGACAAACGGAACACAGUAUUAAUUACAGCAGUAAAAACUUUUUGUCCAGUAUCUGAGACUAGUUCCAAUUUGCCAAAAUAAACAAUCUUGUUGUGCAAAAAUUGUAUUGUUGCUGCCAAAAUUGGAGAUAAGUCCAAAUAAUUCAGUGGGCCAUGGCACGUCUCGACCACAGCAUGUGGUCUCUCUCCUUAUUUUAUCUCUCGCAUACAUGUGACGUACGGUUAGCUGCCGGGUUGAGCUUCCAUAAAAUACACAGUUAAUCUCAGCCUUACAAAAACAGUAACUGGCCGGAUUGGAACCAUUCCAAGAGGAUUUCGACCUUUGAGUCCAGAGCAGAUUUUUUUUCUUGUCGGUCUUCUUCACCUGUUACACCUCAGACCACACACACUGUAACAACACACCUGUUACAAACACACCAUACACACUUGUCUCUUUGUUUGCGUUUCUCUGUGUUUGUGAUUAUGUCCCAGUGUCUUUGCAUUAAGUGAUUUUUGUAACAUUUGUACAAAGCUUUAUUAAGUUAACCUUGUAAAUAUGUUAUCUUUAUUGUUUUUACUUUCUUAGUUGUUUUUUAAUGGUUUACAAAAGCGCGUACAUGUGCACAGUCAUUUCUUUCAAGAUGUUACUUGAAAUGUUUCCCUUAAUAUAUUAUUUUUGUUUGUUUUGUAUUCAAUAUAUAUUUUAUAUAUUAUAUACAUAUUGUAGAAAGUAAUUUGAACUUUUAUUGUGUUUUCACCUGUUCAAAGGAGACCAGAUAAAAGCGGAAAAUACUAAGUUUUUUAUCCCUUUAUGUUGCCUUUUUUUCUGAUUCUCAGCACUGUGCAAAAAAAAAAAACCCUUUAACUCAUUACAGUGUUUGAAAGAAUAAGUAGACUUUUAUCUGGCGACUGUUCAUGCAAUAAUGCGACAUCAGCAUCAAUUGUAUGUGGCGGUAAUUCUUACAGCUGAUGUCAUGUUUGGUGGCUCAAAGCGAUGCUUUAUGGCCGACCUCGUUUCUUCUGUGAGUCGUGCUUGGGAUUACUCAACAUUUCCUCCAGUGAUCUGCUCAGAUUUACUCAGCUCAGAAGAAAGUAUGUUCUUUAUUGUUCUCCAGCCACAGAUGCCUGGUGGUGUUAAAAACGUGUCGCUCAUACAAACGACAUUUAGCUUUCUGUUGGGGGGGGUGUCGCAUGGCAGAGAAGUUUUCGACAGUUUACAGUUGUGUCCUGAAAGUUGAGUUGAGGUUGAUUAAUUGCUUAUCAUGUUGGUAAUAAAACCACGUGAGAAUGGAAUGCGUUUAAAAAAUGUAUGCAUACGCAUAUCACGUCUUUUGUAGAAACAACAACAAAGAUUGAAAUGUUUGUUUCAGAUUCAGUCUGUCGUAACCAAAUAUUUUGUUAAUAACUCACCUUAUCCUCGGCGAAGCAGAAGAUGUC